CACAAAGACCAUCACUAACUGCACUCAUAACUUCAGAAUCCACUCGUAGUACAGCAUCAGAGGAUUCACCAACUGUAACAUCAUUUACAACACAAAGUAUGAUCACAUCUACACCAUCACAAUCUAUUCUAAUAACAACAGAAUCUGCAUCAACAUCAACCACAACAUCUGAGCAUUCACCGACAGUGACUACAACACCAUCUAUUGCAACAUCAACAACACAAAGUGUGAUUGCAACUACACAGACGCAAUCUAUUCUGCCCACAAUUGAAUCAGCAACAACAUCAACCCAAAGUUCACCAUCCGAAGGUUCAGAAACCCAAAGACCAACACAAAUUACAGCUAUAACCUCACAAUCAGCACAAAGUACAGCAUCUGAGGACGCACCAACAGUGACUACAACACUUUCUAUUGCAACAGCAUCCACAACAGAAUCUGUGUCCACAUCAGCAACAACCUUAACCCAAAGUACAGCUUCUGAGGAUUCUUCAACACAAAGACCAUCACAAACUACACUCAUAACUUCAGAAUCCACUCACAGUACAGCAUCUGAGGACGCACCAACAGUGACUACAACACUUUCUAUUGCAACAGCAUCCACAACAGAAUCUGUAUCCACAUCAGCAACAACCUUAACCCAAAGUACAGCAUCUGAGGAUUCUUCAACACAAAGACCAUCACAAACUACACUCAUAACUUCAAAAUCCACUCGUAGUACAGCAUCAGAGGAUUCACCAACUGUAACAUCAUUUACAACACAAAGUAUGAUCACAUCUACACCAACACAAUCUAUUCUAAUAACAACAGAAUCUGCAUCAACAUCAACCGCAAGUACAACAUCUGAGCAUUCACCUACAGUGACUACAACACCAUCUAUUGCAACAUCAUCAACAGCACAAAGUGUGAUCACAACUACACAAACACAAUCUAUUCUGCCCACAAUUGAAUCAGCAACAACAUCAACCCAAAGUUCACCAUCUGAAGGUUCAGAAACCCAAAGACCAACACAAAUUACAGCUGUAACCUCACAAUCAGCACAAAGUACAGCCUCUGAGGACGCACCAACAGUGACUACAACACUUUCUAUUGCAACAGCAUCCACAACAGAAUCUGUGUCCACAUCAGCAACAACCUUAACCCAAAGUACAGCCUCUGAGGACUCACCAACAGUGACUACAACACAACACCUUUCUCAAUCUGUGUCUAGAGCAUCCACAAAACAAGCCGUGUCUACAACUACACCAACACAAUCAGUUUUGUCCACAAUAGAAUCAGCAACAACCUUAACACAAAGUACAGCACCUGAGGAUUCAUCAACACAAACACCAAUACAAACUACAUUCAUCACCUCAAAAUCAGCACACCAUACUGCAUCUGAGGAUUCACCACCAGUGACUGCAACACAACCAACUACACCAUCUAUUGCAACAUCAUCCAGUACACAAUCUAUUCCGACCAUUAUGGAAUCAUCAACAACCUUAUCCCAAAGUACAACAUCUGAAGUUUCAGAAACACAAAGACCAACACAAAUUAGAGCUGUGAGCUCACAAUCAGCACAACGUACAGCAUCUGAAUAUACAACAGGACAAAUCAAACAGUCUAUUCCUACAGCAUCCACACCACAAACUGUGUUCACAACUACACCAACAGAAUCGACCCUGCCCACAACAGUAUCAGGAACUAACUUAACCCUAAGUACAGCAUCUGAGGAUUCAUCAACAGUGAAUACAAUACAACAAACUACACCAUCUAUUGCAACAGCCUCCACAACACAAUCGGUGUCCACAACAGAAUCAGCAACAACCUUAACCCAAAGUACAGUAUCAGAAGGUUCAGAAACACAAAGACCAACACAAACUGCAGUUGUAACCUCACAAACAGCCACUUCAGAUGAAGCUGUAUCAUAUAUGAAAACCACAUCAGAGACUCCACAAACAUUAGCACCUCUAACAACACCUGCUAAACAAACUGCUGAAUCUACAGCACGUGUCAGCACAACAACACACAGUGAAUCAGUGAUAACCCCAACACAAACUACACCACCUAUUGAAACAGCAUACACAACAACUACACUAUUGGCAGUACCAAUGACAAUAUCAUCUUCAGCAGAACCAACUAACUUUAUGGCAUCUACAACAGAAACAACCAUAAGAACCACACAACCAACACAAGUCACAGAAACAAGACGCACAACACCAACAGGCACUGUAGUGUCGACAACAAACAAACAAGACAGAAGGGAAUCAACCACAACACAAUCCCAAACUACACUGUCUGUAAAAACAAUGCCACAAACUACAGUCCGAGGAAUGAAACAAACUACAGUCCGAGGAAUGAAACAAACUACAGUCAGAGGAAUGACACCAACAAUGGCUGCAAAUACACAAUCAGCAGGUUCAGUCACUUCAUCUACACCGAGAUCAACCACAGUUCACAAUGAGCCUACAACACAAACCGCAGGAUCCGUGGAAACACAGACCAAGCUGUUUUCGCCAACAUUAGAAUCAACAAGAACAUUGGCAAAAACGACACCGUCCUUGGCAACAAGUCUAAAAAAGUCAACACAAACUACAGUUACAAAUACACCAGCAACAACCCAAGUAAAAGCAACAGCAUCUGAAUCAAGUGGGUCAAGAACAAUUCACACAACUACAAUACAAAGUAAACCCAUACAAACACACACUGUAGAUUCUGUCACAACAGUAACACAAGCUACCCCCUUGGCAGCUGGAUCCACAACCCACAGGUUACCUUCUCCAGAAAACACAGAGACAACCACUUUGUCAACAUACCUGGCAACCCAAUCUAUGAUACCUUUUAGUGAGUCCAAGCUACUCAGAACAACAUCUGCUGAGUCAUCUUCAGGAAGCACCCCUCCACAGAGUUCAGCCUUUCCCAGCACACCCAGUGCGUCAGGAACUACUUCCAUAAAUACACAAACUAGUGGACAAACAUCAGUUCCUUUCAGCACACUUACCAAGCUACCAUUUGAUACAUCAACAUCACAUACUGCACAAUCAACGGGCAACCCCUCGGCUUCACAACAACAACAACAACAAAGUGUCUCGUUAUUCCCGUCCAGAGCAUCUUCAAACCCAACAACGGCUCAAUCUGUGCGUGUAUCUCAGACGGACAGUACUGCACAUGCAGCUACAACCUCGACUUCUGUAUCAACAGAAGGAACACCUACCCAAAGUCCAGGUAUUAAUAUUGUUAAAGAAACAGUGAACAGUUCUCCAUCGGCCACGCCAUCCAAAAUGUCAGUUGCUGCUUCUGCAUCUAUGCAAUCCAACGACCCUCCAUCAGCCGGGCCUGUGUCUCUAACCACACCCUCUGACUCCCAAAAACCUGUGACAACAACAUCGGACGGUGCCACACACUCUACUCUUCCUCAAGUUUCGUCAUUUUCCUCAGACGCAUCCACCAUCAAUCAAGCCAAAGUUGACUCUAAGACUGUUUCCUUACCUGGGGAAAAUACAGUGGUCUUCAGAUAUUGCCCAAAAAUUGCUGCAGUGAGGCCGCUUGCCUUUGAUCACCCAACUGUCUUUAGGACCUCAAUCCCAGUUUCCCAGCCAGGUCAAAACAGCACAAAUUGAAGAUUAAUGCACACGCUCAAGAAAAAAGGGCUAGCUAACCCUAUCACAUGCAGGAAGUGAGAGGUAGUGAUCAUUUCUUAAGAGGUGCUGGUAGACCAAUUGUGUUACUUUUGGAAAGAACCAGGCUAGCUCUUUCCUUUAUAGAGUUGAUUAGGAAUAAAACCUGACAGGACUCAUCAUUUUAACACUUCCUAUUCUCCCAAAGUGGACAGGUUUUUAAAAUGUACAUCCCUAUUUCUCUGACAUUCCGUUACUCAUUUAGCUGAUGAUUUGAUCCAAAGUGACAUCCAAUAAAAACAAUCAAACAUGGAGAUACAAGCUCACAGCAGCAGGAAUCUUCUCUUUCUAUUCUCCUGUGUGUACUCUUCAAAGAUUAAACUUAUAUAUAACAAUAAUACUAAUAAGAACAUUUUGAACAUGUUAUAAACAAAUCGAACACUUGAUUGAAAUUGACAGAUUUUUUGUGUUUUUGUUUCUGGGUUCCUUUUCCAUUUAAUUUCUAGUUAAGUUUAGGUUAUCAACUUGCUUUAAUAUUGUUUAUUGGCUUUGUCGUCCUGAUAUUUCUGUUAUAAUUUCCUCCCUGAUUGAUUUUUGCUCAUUUUUCUUUCUCUGUUCAUACUGUUAUGUAUUAUGUUUUUAUUAU